AUGCGCGCCUGGGCUCGAUGCGUCGGCGUGAGGCUCGUGGUGCACAUUGCUGCAAAGGGUGGGAAGAGCAUGAGGAUGGGUAAAGGCAUGACACCGGAGCAGAAAGAGCUUUAUGACCGCAUCAUCGAUGAUAGGGGGAAGACCGGCGCCAAAGGCGGCUUUGCCGUGACGAAUGACGACGGCUCGCUCGUUGGCCCCUGGAAUGCGAUGGUCAGCUCGCCCCUCAUCGGCGGUCUUGCCGAGCGGAUGGGCAGCUUCUGCCGACAUCACAACAAAUGCCCAGCAGACCUCUACGAGGUUGGCAUUCUCGUGGUCGGGGCCGAGUGGCUUUCCCAGUUUGAGUGGUUUGCACAUGAAAAGCUGGCACUGAAAGCUGGCGUUCUCCCAGAGGCCAUCGACAGCAUCAAGUCCCAGGCGGAGCCUGGCAGCGCACGUGGAAUGACACCAGAGCAGCUGGCGGUUUACACAUAUGCCCGCGAGCUCCACAGCACGAAGCGCGUGUCAGACGAUACUCAUCAGAAAGCCUUGGCCGCCGUCGGUGGGGAGCAGGCGCUCAUCGACCUGGUCUUCACCAUGGGCUUCUACCACCAGAUGCUAGGAUCCGGAGUAGGCCCUUGGUUCCUUUUUUUAGGUUUUGGGUUUAGGGUUUAG